AUACACACUAUACAUUAUAUACACGUUAUACAUUAUAUACAUUAGUAGCAAUAGAAGUUUAAAUAAAAAAUCAAACAGAAUGUCUCUUUUUAUUACAGCAUAUUGGCCCAAGGUCACCCGGAGUUCGUCCAAGAAAUCGACUCCAGUUCUGGCAUAUACUUUGAUCCAAUUGGUGAACUCAAAAUUCGCGUAAGCCAUUUAGACGUAAUAACGCCUAUCGAUAUAUCAUAUAUCGAACCGCAUAUCAAAAACAUUAACUCUAUAUUGGGUACACUUCGACUUAUUUGUACUCAAGUUAAAUUAGAAACCAAUCAUAGUUUAGAAUGUCAUAAUAUUUUAGAACCAUUAACAGUUAGAUAUCACGAUUUAGUUUCUGAAUACUCUGCUAUUUCUCACCUAGUGGAAAAAAGGUUUAAGAGAGGGGCAUGGAUAGGUGGUAUUGGCUCUCUCGCCAAAAUUGUAUUCGGUACUUUGAGCGAAGAUGACGGUAUCAAGUACGAUAGCGCCAUCCAAAAUGUACACAAUAACGAGAAAAGAUUGGCAUCGUUAAUUAAAGAAAAUAUCUUAGUCACCUCUUCAGUUUUAUCUCAAUUUAAUAAAACAUUACAUUCAAUAAAACAGAACGAGGCCAACCUUAACCAAGCUAUUGACAAUUUCUCUUUAAAACUGAAAAAUAUUACUUUAAUUUCUAACGAAUUAACUAUCAAAGCAAAUAUUAAUUCAAUCUUAAAUAGUCUAGAAGCUUCAUUGUUAACGUUAUCGUUUCGACUGGAAGACAUAACAAACGCGAUCAUGAUUAGUAAUCAAAACAUUCUGCACCCGGCCAUAUUACCUCCCGCGCAGCUUUAUGAUGAAAUUGUCAGUAACUACCGAUACUUACCUGUAGAUUAUAAAUUACCUGUAGAUUUAGCAUUAAAUAACAUUCACCUAUUAUUGAAUGUCUCUAGUAUAGUAUGUUAUAGUUUAAGCAACAAGAUUGUGUUUGUAUUAAGAAUACCAUUAGUUUCUCCGAGAGAAUUUAACUUGUACCAUAGUAUAGCAUUGCCUACACCACACGAUAAGUUAAAACAUAAUUCUUUUACUUAUAUAAUACCUAGCAACAGAUACAUAGCAAUGACCAAGGACAGAUCGGAAUAUUGUAACCUUGACUCACUGAAGGAAUGCAUAGCGAUAAGCCCGAGCGACUACAUCUGCGACGUCAUGACUGUGUUCCCCGUUAGUGCGAAUCCAAGUUGUGAAAGUGAAUUAAUGAUCAGUGUAAUAAAAACUAUACCAGUGCAGUGUCAAACCGAUUUCGUCCACGGAAACAUAGAUUUAUGGACACCACUUUACAAUAAUAAUUGGAUAUAUGUACAAUCCCAAAUUACCAAAUUAUAUAUAGAAUGCCCAAAUCAGAAAAUCCUAGAAAUAAGUAUCAUUGGCACAGGAAUACUUACAAUACCAAACAAUUGUAUAGCCUACUGUAAAAGUACGAAAUUAAUACCUAAAUUUAAUAAUGUAAAAAUCAACACUACUGUAAUUCAACCAGAUUUUAAUAUUAUAAAUCAAUCUUGUUGUACCCUAGAUAAGUUUAUAAAUGUAAUCAGUAAUGAUGAAGUCCCCUUGAAAUUACAAAAUAUUGAUUUAGAUGUUUUUACUUUGGAAACGAAAUCAAAAUUAAGGUCGAUAUCUGACCAAACUGAUAAAAUUUUAAAUCAACACCCCCUGAUUAAAUACGAAACUCAUUAUUCGAUUACACUCAUAAUUGUUAUAUGUAUAAUUUUAAUAUUUUGCAUUUUAAAAAUGUUUUUAUGCAUUAAAUCGCGCAGCCGUCUAACUUACCUUUUCCCGAGAUCCUCUCGCGCCAAUCCUGAAAACUUACCUGUAGAACCAGCUCCAGCUCCUCCAACUCCCGAACCAGCCAUUCCCUUGAAGAUCAUUAAACGUCAUCCUGAUGCAGAAGAAAUCCCAUCUCCUAGUAUACGCAGAAAUGUGUAAAACCUAAAUACUUACCUUUUCCGUUUUUUCCUAAACAUCGCUCAUUUCACCCCGAUGUUUAGUCUACCCCCGGGAGGUGUUACAGAUAGCCUUCGCACCCUAUAUUGCUUACUUGACAUUCCGCCUUUUGCCGACUCAUCCUUUUCCAUCCAUAGCCUGCGAUACCUCGCAUCUCCAAGUCAGUCUCAUUCCACCAUCCGAACUAGACGGCUGUCUUAUCCCAUUAAUCUCGUGUUCUUUUUUAAAAACCCAAAUCCUCUGAGGCU